CGUCAUAACUCAGUUCAGUUGAAUGCACGUUCUUUUUGCAUGCUGGCAAGUGAGAUUCAACUGAGUUUUUAUCCACAAUCGAGACCAUGUGCUUUAAUGAAUCUAAUAGACUCAUCACAUUAAAAGUGAGGCAAUGAACCUGUAUUAUUGUGCGAUAGCUUUGUCACCAAAAUAAGCAGGUAAAUACAAAAUGACAUAUCUUACCUGAGUAUAAAACACUCACAUAACUGAGUGACUCAAAUCACUUGAGUGUAAAUGGAAAGCAACUAAUAGAAGUAAUCACUAUAGUGUCUCUAGGCUUCUAUGUUCCCCCCUUACCUCAGGAAAUGCAGAAUCGUUGACGGUCAACGAGUCAACAGACAGUCUGGCAAUGAGGUGGUCAACGUCAGCAUGAACAAGCCGUUUGUCAGUUUAUCUGAAACAAUCCUUGAAUCGAGAACUUUUUGAAAAGCUACUGAUAACUGUCCAUAAGGUAUAUUAGCUAGAAGAAGUGUUUUAUUGAUUUAUUUUUUCAUUUUUCUAUUAUACCGUUAUUUCUAACAAGCGGUUUAGCGGUGACAAAACGAGGUUAUAAAAUCGUACAAAUUCUAAGUUGCUAUAAAGAAACUUGUCAGUAUGACGCAUGUAAGUUCGUUUAUUCUGAGCAGUCUGAAAAAUGGAAUUCAAAAAGUGGUGCUCAAUAAACCCGCCAAAAAAAACGCACUUUCGCCACAGAUGUAUAAGGAAUUAACAAUGCUUUUAAAUGAAUCUGCUGAAAACAACGAAGUAAUGGUAUUUGCUCUGACAGCAAAUGGAGAUUUUUUUAGUAGCGGUAAUGAUCUAAUUGCCUCAAUGGAACUUACUUUGAGUUCUUCCCUCGUGAUAAUUAAGGAAUUUAUCGAUGCUGUAAUUAUGUAUCCAAAGCUUUUAAUAGCUGUUGUAAAUGGACCAGCAAUAGGAAUAGCAACUACAAUAUUAGGGAUUUUUGACAUAGUUUAUGCUUCGGAUAAGGCAUAUUUUCAAACACCGUUCAGCUCCUUGGGUCUUGUCGCCGAAGGAUGUUCUUCGUAUACGUUCCCGAGAUUAUUGGGACAUUCCAAAGCUGGAGAGAUGUUGUAUUUAGGAUAUAAGAUGAACGCUCAGGAAGCUAAUCAAUAUGGCUUGGUUAGCAAAGUAUACAAUCAUGAUUCUCUUGAGGAAGUAUGGAAUUAUUUGAACAUGAUAUCUACACUUUCUUCACAGUCAAUAUUGGCGACUAAGCGUUUGUGUAAAUGGAAUAAAGAAAUUUUAUUAAAAGUUAAUAAGGAAGAAAUGAAAGAGUUGAAAAACUUAAUCGAAUCUCCUGAACUAUCUGAAAGGAUGUUGAGUUUCUUGACACGAAAAAAUAAGCUUUAAAGUCAAUAUAAAUCAGUAUUAUAUAUCUUUUAAUAAACUAAGGGUACUGGAUUUAAUAUCUCAAAAUGUAUUCACAAUAUGUAAAUUCCUUAUAAAAUAUAUCGUUUUAUAACAGCAUAA